AUGGCCUUCCUCCGCUCCCUCCAGGCCGCAGAGCCUCUCCUCCAGCGAGCAUCCGCCUACCGCACCGCCCCCCGCCUCAUAACAACAACCCGCCCCUUCACGCAGCGCACCUCCGCCUCCCAACAACCCGCAUCCGCAUCCGCAUCCUCACCAAAGCCCGCGACCCCCUCAACACCCACACCAGCCGCCACCCGCGCAGCAAACAUCGCCUCCCAACAAACCCCCUCCAGCGCAACGACCCCCAACAUCUCAAAAACAGGCCUCUCCGACAAACCAAUCGAGCUAGACAACACGCCGGGCGAGAAAAUCGACUGGACGCGCUCGUUCCACGGACUCUCCGCUGAGCCGUUUCCCAAGGAAGCAGCGGACAUUCUGCUCGCCGAGACGAACCCCGACGAGGUCGAGAUCAAGCCCGAUGGCAUCCUGUACCUGCCCGAGAUCAAGUACCGACGGAUCCUGAACCGCGCGUUUGGGCCCGGUGGGUGGGGGCUUGUUCCGAGGAGUGAGAGUAUUGUUACGCCGAGGACGGUUACGAGGGAGUAUGCUUUGGUUUGUAAUGGGCGACUCGUCUCCGUAGCCCGCGGCGAACAAGACUACUUCUCGCCCGACGGCAUUCCCACCGCCACGGAGGGGUGCCGCUCCAACGCUCUUGUACGAUGCUGCAAGGAUCUUGGAAUCGCCAGCGAGCUGUGGGAUCCGCGGUGGAUCCGGAAAUACAAGGCGCAGUAUACGCGCGAGGUCUGGGUUGAGCAUGUGGUCAGCAAGAAGAAGAGCAAGAUCUGGACGCGCAAGGAUGACCCCGUUGGGUACCCGUGGAGGGAGACGAAGUAG